AUGCCAUGCAGUGUCCCACUGUCGAAACAUAGGCCGUGUGAGGGUACAACAGUAUGGUGGAACUUUUUGAGACCAACACUUAUUUCUUCAACGAUCUGCGCUAUCUCGAGGGAGAUCAUGGACCAUUGCAGCACUUGGACAUGGCGGGGGUGUCCCCUUUGUACCACGGGAAUGACAGCCCGUUGUCACCUGGGGGGGAUCCGUCCGAGACUGGAUGUGACAGCAGUGGAGAGGAGCAUGUCCUCGCACCCCCGGGUCUUCAGCCGCACUGCGAGGGACAGUGCCUCAUCUGGGCUUGUAAGGUUUGUAAAAGAAAGUCUGCACCGACCGACAGGCGCAAAGCGGCCACUCUCAGGGAAAGAAGGCGGCUCAAGAAGAUCAAUGAAGCAUUCGAUGCGUUGAAGAAAAAGACCGUGCCCAAUCCGAACCAGCGGCUGCCCAAAGUGGAGAUUUUACGCAGCGCCAUAAACUACAUCGAGCAAUUGCAGGACCUGCUGCAUACACUGGAUGAGCAAGAAAAAACGCCCCAAAAUGGCUCAUAUAACUAUAACGUGAAAGAACACCAUGCGUCCAAUAAGGAGUACCAUUGGAAGAAGAACUGUCAAAACUGGCAGACCUCAGCUGAUCAUUCCAAUGCACCAAUGACGAAUCAGAGAGAAGGCUUUACGGAGUCUUCAGCGUCCACCAGCCUUCUUCGCCUAUCAUCAAUCGUUGACAGUAUAUCAAGUGAAGAGAAACCGACUUGCAACGAAGAAGUCUCAGAAAAAUAAUGCUUAAUUUAUUGGAUUUUUUGUAGCCUGUAUAAGCGACGUCAGCAUUUCAUAUUUCCAUUGUCUAUUUCGAAAUUAUUUUCACUUCUUUAUUCAUAUGUUUUAGUUUCCAUUUACUUAUAUUCAUUUGUACAAAUUAACGGGCAUUUUGUAGUCACUGUUUUCUUUUAAAUUGUAUGAAUGGUCAAUAUUAUAUUUCUAAAGUAUGACAACAAUGGAACUAUAAUCUUUUAUUUCCAAAUGGACAUUUGAUAAUUGUAAAUAUUUUAUAAUAUAUUAACAAGUUAAUUUAUUUUACAUAUAAAAGGCUGUGUUUCUCAACCUCAAGAGAUUCAUUGUUGUAUUUGAGUAUUUCUAUAUGAACUGACCAACAAAUAAAUUGUAAGCAUUGUAUCUUAC